UGCCUCGUGCAGGAGCGGCGGUGAAGUGCAUACCGCGCGGGAAGAUGGGAAUGUAUUUGCAACGGUUGUGUUGUCGGCGUUUUGAACAUAAUUACUUGUGAAUGACAAAGAGAUUAUCUUAUUUGAAGUAUUUUUCGUUGUGUAUUUCAAUAUUAUUGUUAAUGUGUACGAAAUUCUGCCUCAAGAACUGAAAACAAGAACAUACUCAUUGUGAAAUUAGUGGCAGAACUUUCGUCCAACAGGGUGUGGAUUAGGAUUUUAGACAUAACCGAGAAACCGAGUGGGUGGAAAAGGAAUGAUUGUUCGCAGCCUAUUCUGAAGGCAGAGUUAAAGCUGCUUCUGGUCUGAAAAAGUAAAAUUUCUCAGUCUGAAUGGCGACUAUUGCUGAACAAGCCUCCAAACUUCUGGAUUUCAACCAGAAGCUUGAUAUCAAUUUGCUGGACCAUAUAGUGGGAUGCAUGUACAGUGGAAUUGGUGACCAGCAACGUGUUGCCCAGGAAGUGCUGACAACACUCAAGGAGCAUCCAGAUGCUUGGACGAGGGUCGAUACCAUUCUUGAAUUUUCCAAUAACCAGCAAACUAAGUAUUAUGCUCUUCAGAUUCUAGAACAAGUCAUAAAGACGCGAUGGAAAGUUCUACCCAGGAACCAAUGUGAAGGCAUAAAAAAGUACAUCGUAGGUUUAAUCAUCAAAACUUCAUCAGAUCCGAAUGUAAUGGAGAGGGAGAAAAUGUAUCUGAACAAGUUGAACAUGAUUCUUGUACAGGUAUUGAAACGUGAAUGGCCCAAAAACUGGGAAUCGUUUAUUCCCGACAUUGUUGGAGCAAGUAAGACCAAUGAGAGCCUUUGUCAGAACAACAUGGCGAUCCUCAAGCUUCUUAGUGAAGAAGUGUUUGACUUCUCCAGUGGUCAGAUGACACAGACUAAAGCCAAGCAUCUGAAGGAUACCAUGUGUUCAGAAUUCUCACAAAUUUUUCAGUUGUGUCAGUUUGUUAUGGACAAUUCACAAAAUGCGCCGCUUGUUGGUUCUACGUUGGAGACGCUGCUGAGGUUUCUUAACUGGAUUCCCUUGGGUUAUAUAUUUGAAACAAAGCUUAUAAACACACUCAUAUUUAAGUUUCUUAAUGUCCCCAUGUUCCGAAAUGUGACGUUGAAAUGUCUGACAGAGAUUGCUGGUGUGACUGUCACAAACUAUGAUGACAUGUUCAUAGUUAUGUUUACUCAUACAAUGGCACAGCUGGAACAGAUGCUCCCCUUGAAUACCAAUAUUCGUGAAGCAUAUGCUUUUGGACAAGACCAGGAACAGAAUUUUAUACAAAAUCUAGCAAUGUUUCUAUGCACUUACUUGAAAGAGCAUGGCACUUUGGUGGAGAAGAAGCAGUUGAAUGAUGUUUUAAUGAAGGCACUUCAUUACUUAGUCUUAAUCUCUGAAGUUGACGAGGUAGAGAUAUUCAAGAUCUGCUUAGAGUAUUGGAAUGGCUUGAGUUCAGAUCUUUAUAGGGAGAGCCCAUACACUGCUCCUUCGCCACUCUUCCUGGCGAAAACUAAUUCUGCCAUUCCACCACGAAGGUUAUUCUACUGUGAAGUGCUCACUAAGGUAAGAUAUAUUAUGAUCAGUCGAAUGGCAAAACCAGAAGAAGUAUUAGUGGUGGAAAAUGAGAAUGGUGAGGUUGUGCGGGAGUUCAUGAAGGAUACUGAUUCGAUCAACUUGUACAAGAACAUGAGAGAAACUCUGGUGUAUCUCACACACUUGGAUUAUGCAGAUACAGAGCGAGUCAUGACAGAAAAACUGCAGAAUCAAGUCAAUGGGUCAGAGUGGUCGUGGAAGAACCUGAACACGCUUUGCUGGGCCAUCGGUAGCAUAUCGGGUGCCAUGCACGAAGAAGACGAGAAGAGGUUUCUGGUGACUGUUAUCAAAGAUUUGCUAGGGCUCUGCGAACAAAAGAAAGGGAAAGACAACAAGGCCAUUAUUGCAUCCAACAUCAUGUAUGUUGUGGGGCAGUACCCAAGGUUCCUGCGGGCACACUGGAAGUUCCUCAAGACUGUAGUUAACAAGUUGUUUGAAUUUAUGCAUGAAACUCAUGAUGGCGUGCAGGACAUGGCAUGCGAUACAUUUAUCAAGAUAGCGCUCAAGUGUCGGAGACACUUUGUGACGGUUCAGGUCGGAGAGGUGAUGCCAUUUAUUGAGGAAAUUCUAACAACCAUCAGUACGAUCAUCUGUGAUCUGCAGACACAACAGGUUCAUACAUUUUACGAGGCUGUUGGGUACAUGAUCAGUGCACAGGUGGAUCAGGUAAUGCAAGAGCAUCUCAUUGAAAAAUACAUGAUGCUUCCCAACCAGGUGUGGGAUGAUAUCAUCAGUCAAGCAUCAAAGAAUGUGGAUGUGCUGAAAGACCAAGAUGCCGUCAAACAACUUGCAAGUAUACUGAAGACAAAUGUACGUGCCUGUAAAGCUCUCGGACAUCCCUAUGUUUUGCAGCUGGGUCGGAUCUAUCUGGACAUGUUGAAUGUGUACAAAGUUAUGAGUGAGAACAUAAUUGCAGCAAUUGCAGUGAAUGGUGAGGGGGUGACCAAACAGCCUCUGAUCAAGAGUAUGCGUGUUGUGAAGAAGGAAACACUGAAGCUCAUAUCUGACUGGGUCAGCAGGUCAAAUGACCAUGCUAUGGUUUUGGAAAACUUCAUCCCUCCAUUGCUGGACGCGGUGUUGAUAGACUACCAGCGGACUAGUGUGCCUUCUGCUCGAGAACCAGAAGUUUUGAGUGCAAUGGGGACCAUUGUCAAUAAAUUGGGAGGUCACAUCACGAGUGAAGUUCCCAAAAUCUUUGAUGCUGUCUUUGAGUGUACGUUGGAGAUGAUAAAUAAGGAUUUUGAAGAAUAUCCUGAACAUAGAACAAAUUUUUUUCUGCUGUUGCAGGCUGUGAAUAACCAUUGCUUUCCAGCAUUCCUAAGUAUUCCACCAGCUCAGUUCAAGUUGGUGUUGGAUUCCAUUAUCUGGGCCUUUAAACAUACGAUGAGGAACGUGGCAGACACAGGAUUACAGAUCCUGUAUCAGCUUCUGCAGAAUGUUGAACAACAUGACCAAGCCGCCCAGAGUUUCUACCAGACUUACUUCACAGAUAUUCUGCAGCAUAUAUUCUCUGUUGUCACUGAUACGUCCCACACUGCUGGGUUGACAAUGCAUGCCACAAUCCUGGCGUACAUGUUUAGUCUAGUGGAGUUGAGUCGGAUCUCUGUCCCUUUGGGGCCGUCCCAUGAUAACACACUCUACGUUCAAGAGUUUGUUGCGAGUCUUCUACGGGCAGCAUUCCCACAUCUAAGUGACAACCAGAUCAAGAUUACAGUCCAGGGACUCUUCAACCUUGAUCAAGACAUCCCUGCUUUCAAGGAACACUUGCGUGACUUCCUGGUUCAGAUUAGGGAAUAUACGGGUGAAGACGACACCGAUCUGUUCUUGGACGAGCGUGAGGCAGCAUUAAGACAGGCGCAAGAGGAGAAACGUCGCAUCCAGAUGUCUGUUCCUGGUAUCAUAAAUCCUCAUGAAAUGCCUGAGGAAAUGCAGGAUUGAAUCAGGAAUUGGCUUGCCGGUUAGCAGCCAUUCCAGUGGUAAAAUCAGUCACUUAGCUACCUGGGUUUACACAAAACUCUUCCAGAUUACUAUGGUGAUCUGCUUGUAAUCAACGAUUGGACAGGACUGAAGAAUUCGGAUAUGUAUGCUGUGUAGUUGGUAUUGAUAUUUAACUGGGGUUUUUGUAAAGAACAGGCCAGAAUGCAGAACUUUUUUUAAGUUUGUGUGAUAUAUGAUUUGUAUACUAGAGCCUACUGAAGAGUGAACUGCAGCUGUUCAAUCUAUGUCUCGGUACUCACAGUCACAGGACCGUUUUGAAGGUCGCACCGAAAAUUCAUCCAAGACAAUGCUGGUAGUUGAAGUAUUGCUUGUUUCAAGUGUAACAUUAAACUGCUAUAAAUUAUGCUACAUCAGUUUUGAAUUUUCAGUGGGAGGGACUGAGGGAUGGGCUAGAAUUACUCCUACGCUACACGAAUAAAAAUUCAGUUCCAAAUGCAGCUUCUAGUAGUUUAUGUAAGGAAUGCUUAAUUCAUUUUCAUUAAAAAUAAUUUUCUGUUUAUGGCAGGCAUGGUGUGAUCUUGCUCAUUCAUUGUUUACUCCCAUAUUGGGCACGUUUCAAACGGUGGUAGUUCGACAUAACGUAUUGAACAGUAGGGCUUUUCAUUUUGUGUAUGUAAUUACUGAAUUCCUCUUGUGUUGAAUUUAGUUAAAAUCCAAUCAAGCAUCCAACCAUAAGGUACCUGAAAACCUAAUUUUUUAUGACAAUGUGUGGAGGUGCCGAGCAAAAGCCGAACGAGUGGUAUAUGGAAAGGAAGAAAACUCUUUUUUCUGUCAUGUUAUUGUCUCGUGUUCUUGCUGUCUAGUGCCCUCUGUGAGGAGCAGCGUUCCGUUGGUGUGAUGCGGUUUGUACGAGCCGCUGUUGUGUGCAUGUGUAUGAAAGCAAAAAAAGGUGGAUGGAGUAGUCGAGGAAUGUGUGGUUAGAAAGUGGAGGUGAGUACACACAGCAGCAAGCAGGGCGGCCUGUCAGGAGGCUGAAUUGCGACUGUGAGAAUGGUUGUGUGUGCUGUAAUAUGAUGUUUUCUGAACUGUGUAAUUAUAUUAGUAAUUAUUAUUAUUAUUA